AUGCCUUCCAAUCCAGAUCACCCGCCGCCGCCGGCGGCGGCGACGGGGGCAAGCACCGUCCACCCACCACCGCCGAAGCCGAACCCAAAGCUCCUCUCUUUACUCCUCAAGGCCCUGAUUAUGAUCUUCAUCACGACCCUCUUCUUCCUCUUCCUCGGCGUCGCGGCAAUCCUCCUCCUCCUCGCCACCGCCGCGCUCCACCGCCAUUCCAAUCCGGCCAACAGCGACCUGAAGCGGCGGCUCCCGCAAUUCAGAUUCUCGCGGAGGAUGCAAGGAGGCGAGACCGACGAAUGCGUGGUGUGUUUGGAUUCGAUUAAGCAGGGGCAAUGGUGCAGGAAGCUACCCGGUUGUGGGCAUUUGUUCCACCGGCGGUGCGUGGAUCCGUGGCUGGUGAAGGUGCCGGCUUGCCCGAUUUGCCGAGCUAGGGUUCAGCUGGUGGAGGAAGAAAGGAGUGGCGCUUUGGGUUUCGAUUGGAGGAACGAUUUCAGGGUCUGGUAG